GUGGCAGCAGAAGGUGGCUGACAGUCAACUGGCGAACAAGUGGGUUGGUGAGGCAGUGAGCAGAACGAGCAGCUGACGAGGCAAUAAGCAGCUGCGAAGCCAUGGUCUCUCUGCACCUCGGAGCUUACAAUCUAAGGACACAAGACACCAGGGCACAGUAGAUGGAGUGGUUUCUCUAAGAUGACCGAGACCAGAAUACGGGUCUUCCAAGGUCCAGCCCAGUGCGCUAGUCACUGGACCACACUGUCUCUCCAAAGCACCCUGGGACCUCACAGACUCUUCCUCCCCCACACUCUCUGCUGAAUCCAGGAAAGAAACUGGCACAUGGAUUGCAAGGGAAUCUAGUUCAGUGAUAUUAGAAACUGAAGACAUCUGCUCCAUUGGCCAUCUGGUAAGUCUGAAGGAGUCUUCAAGUGGGAAGCAGAAGGAGAGAGCAGAGGCCAUCCUCUCAGCAGCCUGUACAGAUGUAUCUCUAAAACUUCUCAGCAUUUCGGAAAGGAAAAAGCACUCACCCCAGUAGGGCAACAUGGCUCAAGAUCUGACAGAAAAAGAACUGCUGAAGAUGGAACUUGACCAGCUGAAAAAGGAAGUGAAGAAUGAAAGGCAAAUGGUCUCCAAGACGGGCAAAGAGCUCAAGGAGUAUAUAGAAUCCAUGGCAGCAGAGGACCCUCUUUUGAAAGGUGUUCCUGAGGAUAAGAACCCUUUUAAGGAGAAGGGAGGCUGUAUAAUUAGUUGACCCCUGCCACUCACAAACUUCAGACCCUUUCCUCCUCCAAAACCAUGACUCUAAGA